AGAAACAGACCAACCGCUAAUCCACCCCUGCCCCAGUAUGAUUGAUAAAGUUGUCAACAAUUCUGUGCUAACUUUCAGGUUGAUACAGUUUGUGUGUAUGACCUCUGUAUAAGUUGUCAUUGACUAAACUCUCCAAUAAAUGUUUUAAGUGCAUCUUUACACAAAAGAAUUAAUUUACUGUUUAAAAAGUUAUAAUAACUACUAAUGGAAAUAAUAGCGAAAGUGUGAAAUGCAGGAAAAAGAAACGGGCCAUCACUCAGUCUCACCUUUCUCUAUAAGGGCUUGCUAUCUAUCCAGUUCACGGUUAGCUGCAUUUCUGGUGCAAUAAAUUACUUGAUACAGGUUCCAAAGAAAGAAAUCCAAGAAAAUGGCUGCUUCAAAAUCCUUAGAUGACUUUAAUAAACUGUUAGAUACCUCAGAUACAAAAGUAAAACUAACUGUUACAAAUAACUUACUAGCCUACUUAUCAAACCCAGAAAACAGUUUAGAAUGUGAAGACAUCGGCCUUUUCAUGGAUGCAAUGGUACCCUGGAUGCAGUCAAGCAAUAGUAAGGUGUCACAGAACUCAAUUGAUGUUUUGACAAACUUUGCUGAUCGAAUGGGUACAGAUUUCAAACCGUAUUUGCAUAUGGUAAUAUCUCCUGUGGUUGACAGACUAGGCGACAAUAAAGAAGUCGUGAGGGAGAAAGCUCAGCUUUUCCUUCUGAAACUUUUGGAGAGAGAAAUUGCAUCACCAUAUUACUUGUUUGAGAAGUUGACAUUAGCAUUUACUCACAAAAAUGCUAAAAUCCGAGAAGAAGUGUUAAUCUGUUAUCAGUCCGCACUGAGGGAGCAUGGACCUUCAAACCUUGGCUUGUCAAAACAUGUUCCAAGCAUUUUGAAACUUCUGCAUGAUCCACUUCCAUCUGUGAGAGAUGCAGCUUUUAAUGCAUUGACUGAAAUAUAUCGACAUGUAGGGGAAAAAUUUCGACAAGAUAUCCAACGUCGCUGCAGUGCCAAAGAUACUAAGAUUGCAGUCCUUUUUUCGAAGUUUGACGAAAUAAAAAAUGAAGGUGGAUUGCUUGCCUCAGCGUGUGGAGCAGAAGGUAAGAUUAUAAUACUUAAUUUUAAGUAUGUCUCACACUUACUUUUUCCAGAAUUUAAACUCUUCCGGGUCUUACAUAUUUCCAAGAUAUCAAAUGAUUUGUCCAUACCCCUAAUACUCUUAUGGGGAAAGAUAACUGGUGCUGCAAGGCAUAGAGCGUUCAUUGUCAAGCUAACCUUAAACAUUGCCAAGCAAUACCAAGUAGAAGUUGAAGCACAGUACUGGCAGUGCUGCUUAGCAGUUGCACACCAUGUUAUAAAACCAGCUCUUAAAAGUGAUGUGAGGAACGACAAUAAAUGGUGUUGUUUGGUGUUAACAUGGGUGCUCAGACUACAUACUGACAUUUCACCAAGGCAUUAUUGCACUUUCCAAAUUACUAUCUUAGCAGAAGCAGGGACUGCAGAGAUUCACAUUAAUAUUUUGCUUGGAGCACACCUGCUCUGGAGGAGGCUGGUGGUAGCUGGGCAGCUGAUUGUAAGCAAAUUUUUCAAAAAUCAUAGUUCUGUAGUAGUGAAUGCUAUAUUUUUGUACAAAGUGUCAGGUGAAACGUUCAGAAAUGGUCUCGUUACUCCUGGGGAUAUUAUUAACAAAACGUUUGUACAUACACAGAACAAAAUAUUUCUUUUCGAUACACUGCUCCGCCUGGCUCUUAAUGAUGCUGACACAUAUUUUACAGAAGUGUCAGAUGCAGUUUGUUCCUGCUAUGUGGAGAAUUCUUCCACCAUUUGGAUUGAUUGCUCUUUAAAGGAUAGAAAACAAUCAUUAGAUGUGAUUGGAUCCACUCAAGGUGGCAUUUUGAGAAUAUCAGAACAUCACUUGUGUCCUUUCAUUCCAGGCAGAGGAGAUACUCCCUUCUCUCAGAAAUGGUCCUUUUUAGAGUCUGAGCUUGACAACUCUGGCUACUCUGCCCUUUUCCCUGUGGAUGCCUCCAUUGUAAGUACAUACCCAGUCAAAAGAUCACAAGCACUAAGCAUUUUUUAUGCUGUACUUCUCUGUUGUGUGCUAGUCAUUUACAUUGAAAAAUCAACAAUGAGAAACAAUCCAUUGGUGUGUAAGUCAGGUGAAAACACAUGCCCACACUGGUCUUGUCUUUCACAUGUUGUUUUGGGUGUUUUAAGCAGUAACCCCAGUGAAGGUGACGGCUCAAAAUACUGUGCUUCUUCAUUUACCUUUCAUACAACCAAUUUGCUACACGAUGUUGCAGACACUACUUUUUUAAAAGUAGUUGCUGACAAAGAGAAUGAAAUGGAAUUGAGAUGCUUUGUGCGAGAUAAAGUGUUAGGUUGCAUCAUUAUAACUACUACCCUCAUAAAGAAAUAUAUUGGGUGGUUAAGUGAGCAAUUGUUUCUCGUUGUUCAUUCCAUCAAAAUAUCUAGUGAGAAGAAUUCAAAAUUUAACAAAUGUCUGCGUGAACUUGCUUCCAAUGUGAGUCCAGAUGAUAGGACUCCUUGCAUGAUAACCUCAUGCUAUUGGAGAUGCCUCUAUUCCAGGCUGAGACACGGAAAGAACAACAAACAUAGCAUGCUUUUGUUGUCUAUAUCAUUUGCCAGAUUUCACAUUGACUGUGGUUUUGUAUUUGUAGAAGUUCUUUGUAUUCCACAGUCAUUGUCACUGUUGACCAUUACCAACCAGCAUACUGGCCUAGCUGUUCAUAGGCAUCAAAACCAUUAUGGAUCUGAGCAAAUAUCAGUCGUGCCAAACUAUAUGUGGCAGAAAGUAGUGUUGCACCCAAGAGUGGAUCAGAUCAGUUCCUUGCCUUUCUUCACUUGUAUACAUUUACUGAUCAAAGCAACGGCCUCUGCCAGGUGCUUUUGUGUCCUUGAAGUGAAAAGAAGUGGAGAAAUCGAAGUAAUGAUCAAUGAUUUCAACCAGCGUGUCAUUCACGACAUGAUAGCGGAAUUUUAUUCAGUGCGGAAGAUUGUGCCGAGCCUGCGAACACUGCUUCCAGUUUUGCACGACAAAAUAGGCUGGAAGUGGAGCAUUGUCUCACUGAGAAAAGUACUUUUGUCUAUGGGAUUCAUAUGGCGUAAGGUGGAAAACAAGAGGAAUGUGUUGUUAGAACGUCCAGACAUUGUGCACUGGCAAUCUUGUUUCAUUGUUGACAUGAAGAACUUCAGGGAAGCAGACAGAGAAAUAUUUUAUCUUGAUGAAUCGUGGAUUGAUAAUAAUAUAUCGUUUAAUAAAUGUUGGCAGAGGAAGGGUGACUUACGUGAAGAAAGUGUCUUGUUGAAUAUGCAGUAUCCCUUUAUGUUGACCAUGCCUUUAUCAAAACCUAGUGCUGGUAGUAAAUGGAAAAUUCUGCCGUUAUUAGGAGAAAGGACACCAAUUUCCACUGCCAAUCAAAUGUGCCAAGUGAUGCAGUCAAGCCUGAUACAUAUUCUUCAGACAUUGAUAGCAGUGGGUAUCACUUUUGUAUUAAAAUCUGUAACUCUGUGUUACCAAAAUAUGUUAAAUUAUAAACCAGGUAAUCGAAACAACAUCUUUGACAAUGAUGUAAAUCAUUUAAAUUUCUUUGCCUCAGAUGUCUUCUCUGUACUGCUACUUGUUAGCAUCUGGUGGGAAGAGUGCUUGUAUGAUGGAGUGCUGGAAAGAUGGUUGUAUAAAGUAGCAACAUAUGUUGGUGGAAAAAAGUCUCUUGUGGAACCUUUUGAAAAGCUUCUUGUGAACUACCAAACCUGGAGACCCAAGUUAUAUCCUGAAAGUAAGACGACGAGGUCAACUUUAAGAUUGCCAGUAUCUAGUGACAUUGUUAGUGAACCAAAUCUGUGCAACAUUUAUAGUAGUUAUGAACAGCAUAACUCAAAACAUACAACAUAUCGUGUUUAUGAGAAUAUCAACAUUUUGUGUUUAUUAAAUGACCGAGAAAAAGUGAAACAGCAGUGCAUGAAGCAUUUUACUGAAAAGUAUAUCAGUACAUUAAUUGAUACUGCAGUUUAUUUGUUCAGAAAAGUGAAGGCAUUUAGAAACAAUCUCUUCAUUGUGAAAUACAGUUUUGGAAUAAGUACUGAUGUGGCCAACAAUUUAAGCACUCAUCUAGAAUGUAUGAUGGAUGUGCUUGAAGGAAAUGAUACAGUUAAUGCAAAAUACAUACUUGUGCUUUUGUGUUUGUACCUUAUAUCCCAGUUGUGUGAGAAUAGUCCACUGGUAAGAAUGAAAUGCAAGGCACGUAAGGUGGUAAUGAUACUCAUCACUCUUCAUCCAAUCAGUUGCUUUAGGACAGCUUAUGUUGUUUUUAAUGUGUAUUGGCAUUCUGCACACAGUGGUGUCACUAAGGAUUUUAGGAUGACAGGCAUAGCUCAUUACUCUCUAACAAGAAGAGAAAUAAAUUGGCACCCUGUUGACAUUCAAGUUGCUGCUGUUGUGGGAAAGGAUACCUUUCUGUUGCAUCGUUUGCAACCUAUUUUGGAAUUUACACCCUUAAAGCUUAUGACUGUAUUCUGCUGUGUAAGAACCCUUGCAUCUCUGCUACAGUCUGAUGAAAGUGGCAGUGAUAAUGUGCCACACAGUGUAAACACAUCUUUGAGGGUAAUUAAAUUUAUAAUUGGAAACCGAAGCCCUUACACUGUUCCUGAUAGUUGCUUAAUGUUGAAAGUUGCAGCAGUAGAUGAUAGACACAGCUAUAAUAUUGCAUCCUUCAACAAAGUCUUCACAUACAAACCUUCACAUGUAGCCUGUCCUGUAAUGUUGAUAGGUCCAAUAUUCUCAAUUGAAUAUGAGUUCAUUCACUUUCCGGAGAAGUCCUGUUUGUAUCUUAGCCAAGAUGGUAACAGUGAGAUCUCUUGCAAUUUGACCAAAGCAGUUUUGGAUUUAUAUGCAGAGUAUUAUGAGGAGUCUCCAUUCACAAAAGGACAAGCAAAUGAUUUCAUUGAGAUGCCUAUUGGGCCAUGUGUGAAUGUUGAAAUGUUUUAUGGACACAGUAUGGCAUCUGUGUUAAAUAUGAUUAGCUCAUUGUUGGUCUGGAAAAAAAUAUUGCCAAUAGGAGGAUAUUCUGCAAGGUCCUUUGAUGAACCUGAUGGAGAUGCUGGUGCUAUCCCGAAAUCUGGAAGACAACGAUCUGCAAGUUUUUCGAGGAAGAACUCUGGAGUAGGCAAAGCAACUUCACCAGGGCCGGGAUCUAAAACCAGGCGUUCGGCCUCCUUUAAACGUCAAUUGGUUACUGCGUCAUCUGCACCAGCAUCAGCGGGAGCAGUGGAUGAGGAGCAUUUUGUGAAAGUUUUUGAGGAAGUUCAACCAGCCACAAUUUUCACUGCGCGAGAAUUGGAAGAAGAGCUGACCAAAAUAACUGACAUAAUUAAUGAUCCAAAUAAUGAUUGGUCAAAACGUGUUGAGGCGUUGAAAAAACUACGAUCUGUUGUAAUGGCUGGAGCUGCUAAGCAUGAGGAAUUUUUCAAACACUUACGUUUAAUGGAGACACCAUUUUUAGGAGUUUUGAAAGAUCUGAGGUCACAGGUUGUGAGAGAAGCAUGCUGCACAAUAGCUUUUAUGUCUCAACACCUAGGCUCGAAGUUUGACCACUUUGCAGAAAUUAUUCUUGGCAAUCUAAUUAAUCUGAUUCCAAAUUCAGCCAAGGUAAUAGCAACUGCUGGCUUAGUAACAGUACGCUUUCUCAUAAGGUACACUCACUCAAACAGACUGAUACCAGCGAUAAUAUCAAAUAUGGAAUCAAAAUCGAGGGAAAUCCGACGAGCAUGUUGUGAGUUUCUUGAAUUAAUUCUUCGUCUUUGGCCCGCUCACACACUUGAAAAACAGGUUGCAAACCUGCAACAAGCUCUGAGGAAAGGAAUGUAUGAUGCAGACAGUGAAGCUCGGCAGUGUUCCCGUAGGGCUUUCUGGCAUUUCCGGCUCCAUUUUCAUGAAAAUGCUGAGCAGAUAUUAAACUCACUGGAUAGUACACAUAAGAAAGCUCUUAAUCUUGAAAUGGGAAUGUCAAAUUCAAACAAUAUAGCAGACCAGCAAGGAGGAAGAGGAGGUAGGCUGGCAGCUGGAAGUGACUUUCCAAGAGGUCGAACUGUUGCAGAUGGAUCACCACGUCGAGGUUCAGCUCCUGGCCCAUCAGCACUCCGGUCUAAUAGUGCUAUUGAUCUGCAGGCAGCCCAACGUGCCAAGGCAAGAGCACAGUAUGCUGCUUUAGCUCGACAUAAAGUAGGAUCUGGGGCGUCUCUUCCUCGGCCAGGAAAGAAAGCUGCAGACUCAUCUGGCAUGUCCACAAGUGUUAUAACAUCUCCAGAAAGAUUGGGCAGAACAAGGAGUCGGAUGUCAAAUGUAUCUCAGUCCCAACCUACAAGCCGCUCAGGGUCUCCGUCUUCCAGACUAAGUUAUGCUACCUUUUCAACUACAAACAGAGAAACAGGACAUGAUGGCAGACAACGUAGACCAUCCGGCAUCCCUCUCUCGACAGGACCUAGUCGUGAAGCUAGCAGAGAGACUUCGCCAAGUCGUUACUCUUUAAAUCUACUUGAUCGCUCAUUUGGCUCAAAAUUGAGAGGGAGGUCUGGACAUAUUGGCAAUGUGAGUGAUCGCCAAGGACAGUCCCGACCAGUGAUGGCCCAAAAAAUAUUACAACAGAGUCGGGAAGCUGAGUCUGCACUAGCUGAUGCCUUGACAUUCGACUCAGUUGACGGAAAUGAAGUUGGCAGCCGAGUACCACUCAGCCGCAAGGCAUACAGAUCGUUUGAUGAUCAUUCAGAUGACAGUGAGACAUCCAGUGUGUGUUCAGAGCGAUCUCUUGAUUGCUACAGGAGGUCUGGUGAUGUAAGUUUUAUAUUUAACAUAUCGGACAUCAUAAACAACUGUGCCAGCACACACUGGAAUGAGCGUAAGGAUGGGCUGGUCUCAUUGCAAGCAUAUUUCCAAAAUGAAAACAGACUAAGACGCGUUGAACUCCAAUGAGUAACUGAAAUUUUUACCAAAAUGUUCAUGGACUCCCAUACAAAAGUCUUCAGUAUGUUUCUGGAUACUCUAAAUGAACUAAUUCUAGCACAUAAAGAUGAUUUACAUGAUUGGAUAUACAUUCUGCUUACACGUCUCAUGAAUAAACUUGGUGGAGAUUUGCUGGGUUCAAUCCAAAAUAAAAUACACAAGUCAUUAUCUAUUGUAAGGGAAUCAUUUUCACUGGAACUCCAAAUGAAUGCAAUUAUAAGGUUCCUGGUUGAUCAGACUCAAACACCCAAUUCUAAAGUUAAAGUAGCUGUUCUUCAAUACUUGGCCCAGCUUGCAUCCUAUAUGGAUGCCUCAUCCUUUAACCCAGGUGCCCGAGAAGCAGCUGCAGCUUUAGCCAAAGUAAUCAGUUGGACAAAUGAUCAGAAAUCAGCUGAAAUCAGAAAAGCCGCUCAGAACGCUCUAAUUGCAUUAUUCAACCUGAAUACACCUCAGGUGACAAUGAUUUUGUCAUCACUGUCUCCAGAUUACCAGGAAACAGCAGCAAGCCUUGUAAAUAGCCAUGUAAGGCGCAGUAGCACGGGAAGUUCGCCCCCAUCACCAUCACCACAUGUUCAGUCUCCAGCAACUCCACAGUCUAGGCCUUCUCUGGAGAUGGAUGAGGGAAGUCUCAAUCCAGAAGAAGUGUACAGGUCACUCCACAGAACAACCACAGAAAUACAGAAUUAUAGUUUUGAUGGUGGCCUCAGUUCUGUGAAAAUGCUGGAUAAGGAACGAACUACAUCACACGAUUCUGGCAUCAGUCAGAUGUCUUGCGGUAUGGAGAAAUUAGAAGAACAAAUGGAACAUCUUCUGUCAAUUAGUAGAGAACCUACAAAUUUGGAUGGCCAAGAUUCAGAUCAAGAUUACAAGAAUAUGCCAUCGGCAGCUCUAGUAGAAGAAAACUGUCAAAUUGUGCAGAAUGUGAUUGACACUUUAAAAGUUGAUGAUGAAGGAAAUGCAAAAGUAUCUGAGCAAGACAGUAAGAAAGCACUUUCUCAGUUAAAACACCUAAUAAAAUCUGGAGCUGUUGGUAUCAUAGUCUAUAAUUUCAAGGUUCUAUUAAGGGUUCUGGUAUCACAGUUGGCACUACCUCACUCUCCAGUGAAGACGUACAUUUUAAAUGUGCUACACGAUAUGAUCAAAGACCCAACUGUGAGACAUUGUUUUAAUAUGUACGUAGAGUUAAUCGUGCUGCGAACGCUAACAGCUUACAGUGACCCGUGUAAAGAGGUGUCGAAAGCAGCUGAGCACUGCAUUUCAGCUAUUGGAAAAUCACUGCCUCCUGAACAACUCAUUAAUGUAGUUUGUCCAUUGAUAAAAACAGGAGAUCUUCCAAUGAAUUUGGGAGCUAUAAAAAUAUUAACUCGUGUCAUUGAACACACUACGCAAGAUAUUUUAGAACCACAUCUGAAAGAAAUAAUGGAAAGUCUCGUCAAAGCAUAUGAUAACGAAGAAAGUUCUGUGAGGAAAUCUGCUGUAUUUUGUAUGGUUGAAUUACACGGUAUUGUUGGAGAGGCAGUUUUGCAACCGCAUUUAGCUAGCUUAAACAAUAGUAAGCUGAAACUUCUUCACCUGUAUAUCAAACGAUCGCACCAUGGUGGUUCGAGUGGCAUCACUUCACCAAAAACCACAACGUCGUGAAACUUUUAA